GCAUUUUCUGCAUCGGGAAUACCUAUCUCUUACUGCCGUCAAUCUACCAACCUAACUGCCUGUUAAGCUUUUUGACCCCUGGACGACGGAGGAUUCCCCCUUGGUUUCCCAAAAGCUCCGCCUCGAUAUCCGCUCUCUAGUAAUAGGCACAGGCGGCGCAGUUAUUCCCCAAGCUGCAUCCUAGAAAGAGGGUCAAGCUUCGGAAAUCCGAAUAGUCAAAUGGCAGAGCCGAAGAAGAAAAAUGUCUUUAUCAUUACCAUAGAUCCUCUCAAGCCCCCCUCUCUCCCGCCCCAUGGCCAAGAAACCAUGGACCAAAAUUCACUCGGGGACACUGAGAGCUCCAAGACGAUAAUAAGUCGGGAGCCUCUAGAUAGCAAGAACCCCUCGAGCACUAGGAUACCACGGUGGUUACAAACUCAAACGACUAAGAUUCGUACAAGCCGGACACGCCAGGCCCUCAUUGCUUUCUUUUUCGUUGUCGUCGUUAUCCUUCUAGCCGUUCUUCUAUGGCUGGAUAAUAGAGGACAUUUACAUGAAGCAUUUAAGAAAACAAAUCAAGUCCAACUAAAGCAAGGGACCUAUCUUGGCGAGGUUGUAGCGCAAAGCCCGAACGUUCCACGUAGCAUCGAAGUCUUUCGCGGAAUACCCUAUGCGCAGUCAACUGCUGGAAACAAUCGCUUUAGACCUCCGCAGCCAAUAAAUGACACAACAAGCCGUAAUGUCCAACGAGCUCUUACUUUUGGCCAUAUCUGCCCCCAAGGUAACGGUGGGAAGAACCAGGGCGAAGAUUGUCUAAAUCUUAAUAUUUUUAGACCUCAUUUCAGCGAUGAUGCGGCGACCGCUGAAGCCGAAAUGUCAAAGCUUGGUGUUGAUGGUAACAAGUUGCCUGUAGUGAUUUAUGUUCACGGUGGUGGAUUCAACGGUGGAAGUGGCCAGGAAAGAAAUAUGAUGACGUUUGUCUCCUGGUCCGAGACACCUCUCAUUGGUAUAAGCUUUAACUACCGAGUUGGAGCUUUGGGCUUCCUCCCAAGCGCAGUAUCGGCAAAGGAAGGCCUACUGAAUAUAGGGUUGAAGGACCAACAGGCUCUUUUUCAAUGGGUACAAGACAACAUAGCUGACGUUGGCGGCGACCCGAAGAAUGUUACGAUAAUGGGUUUAAGUGCUGGUGCUCAUUCGAUUGGGCAUCACCUAAUAUCGUACUCGCCUGCGAAUAAGCUAACUUCAGCACCUCCACCUUUCCAAAAGGCGAUUCUUGAAUCUGGCGGAUCAACGGCUCGUGCUACCUUCAACCCUACUCAUCCGCUUCAUGAACAGCAAUUCAAAGAAUUUCUUACAAACUGUGGAUUAGAGAAUACGACUGACGAUAAGAUUUUCGAAGAGUUGCGUGCUCUUCCUUUAGACAAGAUCGUUUCUGCGUCCCACACGGUAUUUGCGCAUUGGAAUCCGAGUAUACGUUGGCCCUUCCAGCCUACCAUUGACGGUCCUGGGGGAAUAAUACCAGACCUACCAAUAAAAUCUUGGGAGAAGGGGCACGUACUACGUAUCCCGAUCAUGACGGGAUAUAACACAGACGAAGGCGCCGAUUUCGUCCCAAGUCAUGCAAGCAACUCGUCGGCAUUGCGUACGCUUAUGACUGCCAUUGUUCCGGCUCUCAAUAAGACAGAUAUAGAAACGCUAGACUCGCUAUACCCCGAUCCUAGUACCCCACGCGGGGAAAGCUUAUACAUUACUCGGCCACCUACCGGCUUCGGGUCACAGUUUUGGAGGUUGGAUGACGGGUAUGGGCAUUACGCCUAUAUUUGUCCAGUACUACAGACAGCACAUUUCGCUUCGACGGCAGCUGAUGCCGGUCCCGUCUACACAUAUCAUUAUGCGGCUCGAUCAAACAGUCAUGGCGGUGCAGACCACGGCGACGAAGCUCCUAUCAUAGCACACGAGAUGGACGUCAUUGGCAAAUAUCCGGGGAUCGUAACGAUAGCAGACUCUAUGAACGGAUUUUGGACCCGGUUUGCCGUUACUGGGGAUCCAAAUUCCGGGCCGCGUCGGAACGAUACGGUUGGGUUAUCAUGGCCGAAGUUUAUCAGCCCGUUCGUUAACGACACCGCCACUGCCAACAACGCAGAAAACGUAGGAAAACUUGCCCUGUUCGGGCAGGGUAAUGACGAACGCAUGGGAGCCCGCGGGCGCCAAAACAAGGGUAUCCCGGCGCAGACCGGCAACGUGACUGAGAGGUUGCUGGAUGAGUGCCGCUUCUGGUGGAACAAUGUGAUAUAUAGUGAGGGCUUCGGAAACGGAAGUACGGCCUUGUCGAAUGUUGUUCAAAAAACUAAGGCUUAAGGGAGG